AUGGUCCAAUUCCAAUCCCAAGACCUCUCACAACUCCUGAUUAUUCACCCUCCAUUAUCCUUGGCAAUUGCUGAAUCUCAGUUGUCUCAAAAAUUCCAUCUCCUCAAAGCAUGGGAGUCAGAACUCCCUCUAGACCAGUUCUUGACCACCUAUGCAUGCUCAGUCCAAGCCAUGCUUUGCUACCCUUUCACUCAGGUCAAUGCAGACCUCCUCCGGCUGCUUCCGGCACUCAAACUUGUUGUCAGCCCCACCGCUGGGGUCAACAACAUCGACUUGGUCGAGUGCCGGCGGCGUGGAAUAUCAAUGACCACUUCCGGGAGUGCAUUCUCAGAAGAUGUUGCUGAUACUGCCGUAGGGUUGCUCAUUGAUGUGCAUAGAAGAAUCUCAGCAGCAGAUCGGUUUGUGAAAGGGCUUUGGACUAGCAAAGGAGAUUAUCCUCUUGGUUCCACGUUAGGAGGCAAGCGAGUUGGGAUUGUUGGAUUAGGAAGCAUUGGCUCUGCAAUUGCAAAGAGACUGGAGGCCUUUGGGUGCAUUGUCUCAUACAACUCAAGGAGCAAAAAUCCAUCUUUAACAUACCCCUUCUAUUCCAGUGUUCAUGAACUUGCAGCCAAUAAUGAUGCCCUCAUCAUAUGUUGUCCAUUGACAGACCAAACCCACCACAUGAUCAACAAGGAAGUCUUAUCAGCACUGGGAAGAGAGGGAGUGAUCGUUAACGUGGGACGAGGGGCUAUUGUUGAUGAGAAGGAAUUGGUGAGGUUUUUGGUGCGUGCUGAGAUUGGAGGCGCUGGUUUGGAUGUGUUUGAGAAUGAGCCUCAUGUUCCUGAAGAACUCUUUGCUUUGGACAAUGUUGUUCUGUCCCCACAUAACGCUGCUUUUACUCCCGAAUCUGUAGAGAGUUCGAGUCGAAUAGUUAUUGCCAAUUUGGAAGUUUUCUUCUCAAAUGAGCCUUUGGUUACUCCAUUAAUUCAUGGAUGA